AUUUAAGUAAAAGUUUAGUAAAACUUCUGAAAAUGUCACUCAAAUUCAUUUCAUUCGAGGAAGCUCAGAAGAGGGACUUGGCCAAGGAAGAAAAAAUAAAAAGGAAGCAUCGGAAGUACCUAGCAUUCAAAAUCGAGGAAGAGAAGAGAUAUCCUGAUUUGAUGAAGGAAAACAAGAAGUUAGUCACUUCAUAUCUCUACAUGCUUCAAUUUGAGUAUGAUAAAGAUCCCAGUGAUACAUUCUAUGUAGAGGUAAUGGAGACUCUUAUCACCGAGUUCAGUAAAGGACUACCCAAGUGUGAUGGAAAGCUGAAGGGAGAUCUUGAAGAUAAGUGAGAAAAGCAAGAGAAAGAAGAGAAAGUUAAAAAAGAAGAACUUGAAGAGGAGGUAAAGGUAGAUGAAAAUUAUAAAGAAGCUGUGUACAAACAGUUAUACAUCCUCAUCUUCCACCUGAUCAAACUCCUCAUCAAAAACCUCUCAAAAUUCAAAAUAAACCUCUGUCCCCAAUACAAACGUAUCCUCACCACUCUCUUCCCUCCCUCCCCCUCCACCCAAAACUAUGCCACCUGGAUCCCUCCCCAAAUAAAACCCUACGCUAACCGAACCCAUGACCCCUCCCGCUGCCUCCCCUCCCUCAAGCGCAACAGAAAACAAAUCGAGAAGUUCAUCGAAGAAGAAGACCUUAAGGAAAAAGACCUGAGACUGGUACUUAAGGAGAAGUUGGAUAGAGAUUUGAGAAGGUAUCAUAAGGAAAUGAGCAUGGUUUUGAAAGAGGUCGAUUUGGAGUUUUAUGAGAGGACUAUGAAGAAUAAGUAUGUCAUGCAGUUUGAGAAGGAAGGGAAUGUGCUGGAUUUGGAGAUUGAGAGAGCAGAAGAGGUGUAUAAUGAGAAGAUAGAGAAGUUUAAAGCGAAGUUGAAGAAUAAGAAGAAUCAUAAGAAUUCGAGAAGGCAGAGGGAUAAUAAAAGAUUUAAGAAGUUAGAUCCUGAGCUUUUUACUAAGAUCUUUCAUGAUAUUUCGAGAGGUAUGAGUCAUGAGCAGAAAAAGAGAGAGUUUUACAAGAAAUUGACUCCGAAGAAGAAAAGAAUUUAUGAUAGUUGGACUGAGAAAGGAUAUACCCGCUCAAUAGAAUUAAUAGAUAAACCGACCUACGAGAACAGUAUGGAUAAGAGAUUUGGAGGCCUCAUCGAUGAUCUUAAGAAGACUGCUGAGGAUGAUGGCUCACAAAAUUCAGAGAAGACCUCAGAAAAGAAUUCUUUAGAGUUAGGUAGUAGUUCAAAAUCCUCAAGAGAAGUCAAACAGCAAGAUGAAGAAGCAUGCAACGAGCUUACUUGGUGGACUGAUGGAGAAGAAUCAGACUAAUUUUUGAAAAUAGAU